AUGCUUGGUGCCUUGUCUGAGUCUCGGAGGAUCUUGACACGACAUUACCGAGAUAUGCCGGUUUUACGAGAAACCGUCUUCAUUGCGUGCUGUUUCAUCAGCGCUGCAACCGCAUACAAUACAUCUUUUGGCGAACUUGAUGUGACAAACCCAAACUUUGAGAUUGUUUUGACACGGCGACGAGCAACACAACUCUCACACGAGCUCGAACACGGACCUCAACAACUUGUCUUUGCUUCUCAACUCAUCCAUCUCAUUGUUACUUUGUCUUCAGGCAUAGUCGAAGUCAUGAGAGGAUACGACAACAGGACUACGUCUCUGGCCAAGGCGGGAUGGCUGAAACGGCAAGCUCCGAGGCAGUUUGUCUCUGGUCGCAAGGCUACAUCAUGUCCAAAGACCACCACCAGACAAAACAUGUCAUCAGUACCGUCCAACCCACUCAAGAGAAGAAGAGCCGGCUCAAAAACAAAGCGCACACAUCAUCUCAGUCACAUCCAACAACUGCCGGCCGACACGGAGCCCGCGGCGCAAGAUGAGGCUUUCAUCCAGGCCCAGCUGUUGCGCUCCAUCUGCACCGCCUUGACCAUAGUCGGCUAUGAAAGUGUCAAGCCCUCAGCUCUGGAGAUGUUCCGUGCAGAGGUUGAAGAAUACAUGAUGAACUUCCUCACAACCGUCAAGCAUUCAAUGACAACCUCACGCCGAACGACCGCAAUCCCGCAAGACUUUAUCCUCGCCCUCGCAGAAGCCGGCCUGGAAUCACAUCACCUGGAACCCCAUCUACAAUUGCGCCUACCCAACGACAUCUCGAACCCCAUCAUUCCUCCUCCACGGCCGUCAGAAGCCCCACCGCCAAACCUGGCACCCAUGUUAGGACGAGAGUUGGCGACACCAGCCACACAGCAAUACGGAUACAUGCCCUCACAUUUCCCGCCACUACCAAGCCGUCACGCAUGGCAGGGCACUGCUGUCCUCACCGAACGAGAACAAGAUCCAAGGAGAAUCCGCGAACGCGCAACCGACGAAGGUGUACAAGCCGAACAUGCCCUUCGCAAACUUACUGCUGCCAACAAGGCCCGCUCACGCCAGGCUCCAGUCGACAAAGCAAAGGACAAGCUAUGGCAAGACACAAUCUCCGACCUACUAGAUGACGAGGACAAGGUACCAACGCAAAAGGACGCAGAUGGCGAUCUCAGGUUGGAAGGAUGCAUGGACAGUGGUGGAAAAGUUAGCAGCACGGCCGAUCUGAUACGGGAAGGUGGUGGCUUGAUGGUCAACCAUGACCGUAAUCACUGGCGUAGAGGGAGGGGUGCUGUGCAUAUCUGA